AUGAUUAACUGUGAUAUGUUAGGAGGACACUCUUUAAGUAUUAUUAUUAUUAUUAUUAUCCAAGAGACAAGAUGGCUAGGAGAAGGAACUCACAAAGAGGAUGGAUACAAACUAUUCUACGGCGGAUGUGUUGAUAAACACGACUUCGGCACUGAUUUUGUAAUACACGAUAAAGCAGCAAAUUCGUUGAAGGGAUUCAAAGUUGUUAACAAGAGAAUAUCCUACAUAGUACUUGGAAACCAAGUGUCAGGCAUAACAUUCAUCAAUGUUCAUGCCCCAACUGAGGAUAAAACAGAUGAGAAGAAGGAAGAGUUGUAUGACCAACUAGAACAAACAAUUGAGAGCACGCAAAUUAGAAAUAUCAGGAUAGUGCUGGGAGAUUUUAAUGGAAAAUCAGGAAAAGGAGAGUUCUACAUACCAACUAUAGGAAGGUACAGUUUGCAUGAUGAAACCAAUGAGAAUGGUCAGAGGAUGAUCAACUUAACUAUCUCAAAGAACCUGAGAGUAAGUUCGACUUACUUCGAGCACAAGAGAACAUGGUGUUCACUGGAUGGAAGAACCACCAAUCAGAUAGAGCACAUAUUGGUGGACCAGCGCUAUAGCCAUAGAGUCAUGGACGUCAGGUCGUACAGAGGAGCCGACUGUGCGUCAGACCACUUCCUCAUUGUGUGCAAGCUUAAGCUCAUGUUCACCUACAUGCAUAAGAAGAAGGGGACACUAGAACCUGCUUUGAAUGUUGAGAAACUACGAGAAAGUGCCAUUAAAGAACAACAUGCUAUAGAAAUCAAAAACCGUUUUGAAGUCCUAGAGACCCUAGAACCAAGAAAGAACGUGGAGGAAAGGUGGAAAGAAAUACAGUCCACGGUACUAAGUGUUGCGGAUAAUAUAUUGGGAAGAAAGAAGACAAUGAAGUAG